AAGCAAGCUGGGGUUGGUGUACUAGCUCCUACUGCAGCAGCACCUGUUAGUGCUGGUGCUCCACAUGAAGUUGAUGCGCGGAGUCUUCAUAUCAAUCCUGCGAACUACCAGCACGGUCAAGGCCAGAACCAGUCAGAAUCUGGUGCUUUCCAAAAUCCCCACUCUCCCGAUUCCCAGAUGAUGAGCAGCCAGCAAAUAAACCAGGAUCCGCAUUUCGUGCCGAAAGCCGCUUCCUUGCCUUUUGUAGCUGGUUUUGUAGCUGGUAUGACAAAAUCGAACUAUGCACCAGGGGGAACAAACUCGAACAAUGCAUCUACAGCGCACCACCAGCAGAACUACUUCCUCGACCAGCAGAACUACAGCCGAUCAGGUGCGCCGGUAGCUCCGGCCGCGCCCAUGGCUAUGGGUAUGCCGCAACAGCCCAAGACAAGCGUGUAUCAUCACACCAAUAAAGGAACGAGUAGAGCAGGGCACGAGCACGUCGAUGCGGGACCACAACUACAACAAGCAUCUUCAUCUCCUGGACGACGGACACCAGCGGGCUCGAGCAAUUUUGUUCC